AGUUGAAAGCCUUUAGGAGGAGGAGGUUCUCGUUGCUUGUGCGGUUCGCGGGAAAACGUCCCGAAAACAAAUCGAGCAACUUCGGACGCAGUUUUGAACGCAACGCGGUGUCAUAUAACCGUUUAACACGCCGCGGACGUUGGGUAGCUCCAGGCUAACAACGGCGCUAGUCUGAACGCGCGGUGACGGUUGCCAGUGACAGCGGCGCGUCGGAGGAGGACUCGGGACUGAUCGGAGAGAUGGCGGAAAGACCCGAAGACCUGAACCUGCCCAACGCCGUCAUCACACGCAUCAUCAAGGAGGCGCUCCCAGACGGGGUGAAUGUGUCGAAAGAAGCCAGGAGAGCCAUUUCCCAAGCUGCCAGUGUGUUUGUGUUGUACGCAACGUCCUGUGCGAACAACUUUGCCAUGAAAGCCAAACGGAAAACUCUCAACGCAGGCGACGUUUUGGCCGCGAUGGAGGAAAUGGAGUUUGAGAGAUUCCUGGAGCCGCUCAGAGAAGCCCUGGAAGUGUACAAGAAGGGCCAGAAGGGAAAGAAGGAGGUGUCUGAGCAGAAACGUAAAGACAAAGAGAAGAAGACCGACUCUGAGAACGACAAGAGCAGGGAGGAGGAAGAGGAGGAGGAGGAGCGCAUGGAGGAGGAGCCUGAGGCUGAGAACGACGCCGAGGAGGAGGAGGUGGAGAACUGAGGAAGCACCGGCGCCCACGGACGAUCAAAUGCACUCCCACCACAAGCCGGGAGGGCGUGGUGCGUUUAAGUGACGCUCGGUCAUCAUAGAGCCACCAUGUCGAUACAUCCUGGUUCACGGUGCAGCGGGAUGAGUUCUCAGAGGAGGUCAGGGGUUACGUUAAUAACUUCUUUGUGCAGCUGCUGUCUUCAACGAAAACAAACCAUGAGUCGAACUACAUCGUGCACUUCCUGAUCUUUGUCAAUUUUUUCAUCUUUUUUUUGUAUAUUUGUCACCUUUUGAUAUAAACACUGUUCUUGACCGUUAACGAUACACAGUAGUUAGUGUGUGUCGGCAGAAAGUUAAUUAGCUGAUUACACUUUGGUUAAUAAGCUUCUCGAUCAAUUUACCACUGGAAGGAUUGAGAACAUAGGCGGUAGUUUGACCUGUGUCCAGUUAGAUGAAACUGUUUGAUAGUCGCAUUGUUACACCUUCAAAAUAUCAAAUAUAAACAAAAGUUCCUCAAAUGCUUAACAAAAUACAAAAGGCCCUGUGAACACCUGACACCUUGGGUGAUAAUAUCACAAUAGAACAGCUUGAAGUACUUCAGUUAACAGCUGGCAUUCAAAAACGUUUCCUCUCUUUAUGCAAAUUAACACGUACAUCAUUUUCUAAUCUAAUCUCUGCAAAAACUACAGAUUUGUCGUUUUAAUCUGGAGGCAGCCAUGCAGUUUUUGGUCUUUAUCUGCCAAAAAUUUAAAGGACGAAUACCGACCGACUGGUAAAAUAUCUCAAUGUCUCCUGAAAUAUUCAGACGUCAUGAACGAAGCCAGCUUACUUGAUUUGAGAACAAACUGGAGAUGAGGAAAAAUGAGGAACAAAGAGUAAACCGCGGCUUCAAGGACGUGUUUUUCUGUUCCAUCCUCAUCGGGGACACAUAAGCGUUUACGCCACAAAAGAUACUCGGUGCUGGUAGUUUACACUAGUAAUUAUCACUGUCCACUUGUGAUUGAAGACUUGCAUUAAAGCCAGGCGUAAACAGGGUUAUAAGGUCUAAACGGUAAAAUGUAGAUCUAAGUCGGGAAGUGAUUGUUUGAAGAAAAAUAAAUCAAAACUGACUUGAAAUUUGGUUCUAGCUUUGAAUUAAGCAUCUCUGUUAUGUUUCUGGAUUGUACUGUAAAAAAGGUGUUUUCUCCUGUGCUCUUACAUGUACUGUUUAUCAAAAUACUAGACACAAAUACCAAGCGUUGAACAGCUUAACACUU